AUGGGUGGAAAGUCUUGUGGAUCCAGUGUGUCUCCUGGUGGCCUCUCCAAAGACAACGCGCGCUUCCUGCUCCUGGCCGCGCUCAUCGUGCUCUACCUGCUGGGCGGCGCCGCCGUCUUCUCGGCGCUGGAACUGGCGCACGAGCGGCAGGCCAAGCAGCGCUGGGAGGGGCGCCUGGCCAACUUCAGCCGCCGCCACAACCUGAGCCGCGACGAGCUGCGCGGCUUCCUCCGCCUCUACGAGGAAGCCACCGCGGCCGGCGUCCGCGUGGACAGCGCCCGCCCGCGCUGGGACUUCACCGGCGCCUUCUACUUCGUGGGCACCGUGGUGUCCACCAUAGGGUUUGGGAUGACCACUCCAGCGACGGUUGGAGGGAAAAUCUUCCUCAUCUUUUACGGCCUCAUUGGGUGCGCCAGCACCAUCUUGUUCUUCAACCUCUUCCUGGAGCGCCUGAUCACCGUCAUCGCCUAUGUUAUGAAACGGUGCCGCCAGCGGCAGCUCCAGAGAAGCGGGACCCUGGCCCAGGAGAGCCUGAAGGAGCUGAGGAAGGCCGAGGAAGACAGCCUGGCCGGCUGGAAGCCCUCGGUGUACUACGUGAUGCUGAUCUUGUGCGUCGCCUCCCUCUUCAUCUCCUGCUGCGCCUCCACCAUGUACACCUUCACGGAAGGAUGGAGCUUCUUCGACUCACUCUACUUCUGCUUUGUGGCUUUCAGCACCAUUGGCUUUGGUGACCUCGUCAGCAGUCAGAACGCCCAGUAUGGCUACCAAACCGUCUACCGCUUGGCCAACUUUCUCGUCAUCCUCAUGGGCGUCUGCUGCAUCUACUCCCUGUUCAACGUCAUCUCCAUCCUCAUCAAACAGUCCGUCAACUGGAUCCUGCGGAAGAUGGAGGGCGGGUGCUGCCAGCUGUACCAAAGGAGGCUCUUCCGGGCCCGGAGGAACGCAGUGGUGCCCGGCAGUGUCCAGAACCGGUGCAACAUCUCCAUAGACACAGACGGCGUCCUGGACAGCGACAUGGAUGGGCGGCGCCUCUCGGGGGAGAUGAUCUCCAUGAACGACUUCUUGGCGGCCAACAAGGUCUCCCUGGCAAUCCUCCAGAAGCAGCUGUCCGAGACCGCCAACGGCGGCCCCCACCAGCCCAGCACGCUGUCCCAGGACAGCGAGUUCUCAGGGGGCAUCGGAGCCUUGGCAAUAAUGAACAACCGGUUGGCAGAGACCAGUGGGGACAGGUAGAAGCGAGGCGUGGACCCUGGGCUGAGAGGCCUGGGGGAAGGGUGGUGAUUUGGUUCAUUUUGAAAGCUGCUCUUGCGAGCCUGACCAAGGUCCACUGGGGCUAUGGGUCGUGCUAACAGCUCAGCACCGAGCUGCUCACCACCCAACCGAAAGGUGGGUGGUUCAAACCCACCCAGGGACACUUAGAAAGAAAGGCCUAGAGAUGGGCUUUGGAAGCUGAAACCCGUGGGGUGCACUUCUUCUCCGAAACACCGGGAGCAGCCAGGAGGCAGCAUCGUCUCCGCGGCCACCUGUUGGGUUUGGGUGCAAACCCCACUGUAGAGAUUGCAUUUUCUUGGCUCUAAGAAUAGCAGCCUCCCAGGGCUCUGGGAAACCAGAAGUCUCAAAGCCUCGCUCCUGGUCUUUCUUCUUGAAACCAGUCUUUUAAAAAAUGAAUCACAAAAGCAACAGUAGAGGUU